AUGUUUGAAAGCCUGUUCAGCAUUCUCAAGGCCUCCAACCAAGGGGCAACAGCGCAACAGCACCAUGUCAAUGGCAUGAUCACGCAGAAAUUUUCCAGCCCAGGUUCCCCUGUGACAAACGGAGUCGUCGAUCAGCAGCCCAUUCCCCCCGACCAGAUGCAACAGGUGCAACUACGUGGUGGUGGUGAUGGAGCAGACGUCUGCUGCGGGGUGUAA